CUUUUAUUAAACCUUCUAAUUGGCAAUCACCCAGUACAACAUGAAUAUUUAUGCUAGCGCAGGUGUAAGGAAGGAUGCGAUGGCUUUGUAAUAUCGCCCCACAAAUUGCUAGAGCUAACCUAUCCUGAAACGGAGCUUUGCUCUGCUCAGCAACCAUUACCAAAACAGAGUAACAAUCACUGAUGAGUGGGAAGUUUCCUCUCUAUCGUUGAAAAAAAAAAAAGGCUGGAUGGCGAAAUGCGAAUAAAGACGGAGUUUCGUCAGGUGUAGAUUACACGAAGAAAAACUCGGCAAAUUUUAAUUCACAAGAAGAAAACAUAGGCCGCAGUGUGUUUAUAGAUGAAAUUACCAUACGGAGCUUGUUCAACUACAGCACCGGUCUUGUUUGGUGUCCUGUGCGGCGGUUAGCUUCUUGUAGCUGGGAGCGAACUCUCGAGCAAAUCUAACGAUAACAUUGCACAUUGUGUGUAUUUACGUCAGGGGAAAUGGCGAACGCUGGAAAUUAUCUCGACGCGAUGAAAACCUGAAUGAAAAUGUCGGACGGAGCAGAAGAGAUUCACCCAAAUCCUUCGAGACCGGAUCGAAUUGUUAUUAAUUGCGGUGGAGUCCGUCAUGAAACAUUUAGAAGCACUCUUCGUAAUUUCCCAGGAACACGUCUUGCCUGGUGUACAGAGAACGUGAAUAACAGCUCUGAAUUCUAUGACGCGGAAAAGAAUGAGUAUUUCUUUGACCGACAUCCUGGCGUUUUCGCAGCCAUAAUAAAUUAUUAUCGCACGGGCAAGCUUCAUAGUCCUCAUGAUGUUUGCGGGCCGCUUUUUGAAGACGAGUUAUUGUUUUGGGGGAUCGACGAGAAGCAAAUGGAACCAUGUUGCUGGACUUACUAUACGCAGCAUAGAGAAGCUCAAGAAAACUUGAAGUUCUUCGAAGCGGCAGAGAUGACGGAUGAUGAGGAUGAUUUAAACUCUGAAUUCGGCGAGUUGAUUUCUGAGAAUUUUGGGGGCGAGCAGCAGUCAUGCUGGCAAAAGUACAAACCCAGGAUUUGGAACGUUCUUGAGCACCAACGAUCUUCAAAGUUGGCCCGGGUUAUGUUUCUCGUCUCAUUGAUGUUCAUUAUACUGUCAGUGCUGGCGUACUGCGUGCAGACUAUGAAGGUGGUAAAAGAUAACAGAACUGCAAGUGUUGCCAUGGUGAUAAUAGAAGGCGUGUGUGGAGUCUGGUUCACCGUUGAGUUUACACUCAGACUGGCCACGUGCCCCAGCAAACACGACUUUGUUAAGCAGAUAAUGAACUGGGUGGACUUCAUUGCCAUCUGGCCUUUUUAUGUUCGUAUCUUAACCACAGAAAAUUACCCAGAUGGAGAGCCAAAAAUUGAAUACGACAUCUUGGCCAUUUUACGGCUCUUCCGGCUACUACGGUUUUUCAAGGUGAAUCUGGGAUUCCAAAUUCUCAAGCAAACUAUGAUUGCCAGUUCCCGCGAGCUGAUGCUAUUGGUUUUAUUGCUAAUCGUCCCCGUAAUCAUCUUCGCCAGUUGUGCAUAUCUUGCAGAGAAGGGUGAUAAUUCAGAAGACUUUCCUUCCAUCGUUGAAUCGUUCUGGUGGGCCAUCAUUACCAUAACAACAGUAGGCUAUGGAGAUGACGUCCCGAAGACAGGUGUUGGAAAACUCUUUGGCUCACUUUGUGCUGCCCUUUCAAUCGUCAUCACAGCUCUUCCAAUCUCAAUCAUCGGAAGUAACUUCUCGUUGUACUAUUCACAUGCGCAAGCGCAGAUGAAGCUUCCUAAGAAAUCCAAACGGCCUAUGGUUGGGGCAGCAAAUGUUUUAAUGUUACAGUCGGCGAGACCAAGUGAGGACAUGACAAGUACAGAUAUGACUGAGGGAAGGCUGGAUCUAAGGAAAUCAUCGCCAGUCGUCAAUGGAUCUCUGGGUGGGGACGCUAAAAUACAUCCAUACCGCGGACGGGCUAGACGAGCACGGUCAUCUUUAUACGCAGGAGCUAUGAAUCAUCGACAAUCGUUCCCAGUCCGCUCCCGAAGCAGCGAGGAAUUCAAUGCUGUUAACAGUCCUCCACUUGACGGCAGAAAAAAGAGCCACACUAGUACCCAGAGUACAACAAUAGACACUCCACCCAAAAGCCCCCCUCUUUAUGGAAACACACUGACGGUGGACCCGCCGGAACUUUCGGAAGCCAUCACAGGCUUUGUAGACGACCCGCCGGAAAAGCCUUCAACAAAAAGUCCACCCAUAGUGCACAGGGAGAGUGAAGAGUUUGAAAUUGAUGACAUCGACCAUGUACUCGCAACUAUUAAAACGCACGAGAAAAAAGGUAACUUGGUCAAUGGUAAUGCCCGACCCGGGUCUCCGGGCCAACCGGGAACCCCAGGGAGACCAGGAACCCCGGUGAAGAGGACACCCAAAAAUUCGGUACGGUUUGUGAAACCGACUUUAACCGUGACAUUGAAUAGAGUAGACGGAAACAUGAUUAAUGAAUCAUUUGACGAAGAUGUCCAGUACGACGAGUUCGAACAUGAGGAAAAUAAAAAGAGCGUGGAGCGAAGGCCUGAAGUACAAAUCACGGUUUCAGGACAUCGGAAUUUUAGAGGCGGUUCGUCAGAACCAGAGGAAAGUCAGGCGUAAUAAAAAUUCAGGACUUGGUGAAUCAGUGACGUAGUUCGGUACAACUGCUGAGUGGUUCCAUCUAAAUCUAAAUUUUGAUGAAAAAAAAUAGUUAGCUUGAAGUCUCAUUUUGACAGCGAAGGAAAACAUUCGAGUGUAACUAUCCCCCCCCUCCUUCUACUCCUGAUGGUAUGGAGCAGUUUCCCAAAGGUAAUCAAAGAAAUGUUUUGACAGUUCAACGCAAUUUAAAGCUGUGAAGGAAGGACUUUGAGACAGAAAGAUCCGACGGUAACUUCGGAGAGCACUGGUAUAAUGACCUUUCAUUAGAUCCUGAACUAAAGCAUUAAGACAAAAUACCACGGCUACCACUUACCCAUAAUUCCAUGGGAACAUGCGGACCAGAGAUGUUCUGGAUAGAACCAUAACAGCCAAAAUGAUGCAGUUGCAGUCGACAAGGUUGACUCUAGCUAAUUCAAAGGUCAAUUGUGUUCAAAACCUCUCUCGGAGUAAAUCAUGACGAACUGAAAACUCAUCUCAUCUCAGCUUUUACGAUAAGUUGAUUUGUCUUCUUGGUUUCCACCAAACUUAGCACAAAACCUUGAAAGGAGAUCUAUGAGAAGUUUGAGUAAUCGGGGCGUGCAAAAAUGUAAAGCUGAUUGAUGGUUUGCGACUCCACUGAUUCAAUAAGUCCUGAAUAAAGGAUGAUGUUUUUGUCCUUUUCAUAA